UCUGGACCCACCAUACCCUUCUUCUUCCCCCCGUCCCCGCAGCUAGGGUUUCUCGCGUCUCCCCGAAAUCCCAUCCCCUCCUCGAUCGGAGCGUGGUUUAUACGGUUUCGAUCGGUUAAUCGAUUCGACGACGUCCCGCCGGAGCUAAUCUAUCCGCAUUCCAACGUAGCCAUGGCUGCAAAGAUUCUUGCCAACCUGAUCAUUAUGGGUUCUGGGAUAUUAGGAAGGGCUGUUUUACAAGCAUAUCGCAAAGCACUAGAAAAUGCUAAUAAAACUGGUGUUGCAAAUGAAACUAUACAAAAUAUACGUAGAGCUAGUAAAGUCAUGACCGAACAGGAGGCUAGGCAGAUAUUGGGGAUUAGUGAGCAAUCAACCUGGGAAGAGGUUCUGCAGAAGUAUGAUGUCUUGUUUGAGAGGAACGCCAAACAGGGGAGCUUUUACCUGCAGUCAAAGGUUCAGAGGGCCAAAGAAUGUUUAGAAGCUGCAUACCAAGGGAAGGGUGAGGGAAAAGGAUGAAGUCUGCUAACCUUCCCCGUUAUAUGUGAAAUUUUAUGUUCAAUAUAUCUAUAGAGUUGUGAAGGUGUCUGAAAAUAUUGCUGCUGGUUCAAAUGUAAUUUUUCAGAAGGAAUACAAUGGUUUUUCUUUGUACCAUGUAGUCCAUGCCUGUGGCACUCAAAACUUUUAUCCCAACGAUUUGUGGGAUGCUAUUUUUUAUCCCCGACAAGUUUAUCCACUCUGCCAAUAAUAGCGAGAGAAGCUAAACUGGCAUAUCUGUUCACAAA